GGCGCGUACACUUACGGUCUUGGGCAUCCCAUGAAACCCCAGAGGAUGAGGAUAACACACGAGCUGGUUUCGGCGUACGGAAUGCUGGACAGGAUGCAUGUCCUGAGAGCAAAACGAGCUACCGCCGAAGAAAUGACCCGAUUUCACACCGACGAAUAUGUGCACUUCCUUUCAAGAGUAUCACCAGAGACGACGGAGGAUCUCACAUACCAUGGAACUCGCUUCCUGGUGGGCGACGAUAAUCCGGCGUGGGAGGGCCUGUUCGAGUUCUGUUCGUUGUCUGCUGGGGGUUCGAUAGAGGCUGCAACGCGUCUCACGUCCGGUGCAGUCGAUAUCGCAAUCAACUGGGCCGGCGGCCUACAUCACGCGAAGAAACGCGAAGCGUCUGGCUUCUGCUACGUCAACGACAUCGUCCUCGGCAUCCUUGAACUUCUCCGAUCACACCCAAGAGUACUCUACAUUGACAUCGACUGUCACCACGGCGACGGCGUCGAAGAGGCAUUCUACACCACGGACCGCGUCAUGACUUGCUCGUUCCACAAGUUCGGCGAAUACUUUCCCGGUACCGGCACCCAAGAAGACCGAGGUCGCAACAAGGGCAAGGGAUACGCAAUUAAUAUCCCGUUGAAGGACGGCAUCACCGAUGAAGCCUACAAGAGCGUCUUCGAGCCCAUCGUCACCAAGAUCAAUGAGGUCUACCGGCCGUCCGCGAUCGUACUCCAGUGCGGCGCGGACUCGCUCGCGGGCGACAAACUCGGGUGUUUUAACAUCACAAUGCAAGGGCAUGCUAACUGCGUGCAGUUUGUGCGCAAGCUUGGGAUCCCGUUCAUGUUGCUCGGCGGUGGUGGCUAUACAGUGAAGAAUGUUGCGCGGACGUGGGCGUUCGAGACGGCGUGCGCGCUCGGGAUCGAGGACAGCAUCGACCCGAACAUGCCGUGGAACGAGUACUUUGAAUGGUUCGGACCGCGGUAUCGGCUCGAGGUCGUGAAGAACAACAUGGAGGACUUGAACACCAAGGACGGAUCGCUGGAUCGGGUGCGGGAGACCGCACUAAAGCAUCUUUCCGAGCUACGGCCGGCGCCAUCAGUCGGGCUGCAAGACGUUCCCCGCGAGAGCGUCGGGGAACACCUGGGAUUCUCGUCGCAAGAACCGUCCAAGACAGACGAGCUGGACGAGCGGCUAGCGCAACACAUGCGGUUCGUGCACCAGCUACAGGAGCCUCCGACGUCAGACUCGUCGGACUCGCCCGAGUCAGAUUCGGACGACUCGUCAUCGAGCAAGCGUGUCAACCGGUCGGCGCGGCGUGUCCGUGCCGAGAAGCAGCGCAUGAGCAUCGUCACAAAUCGGCUGUUGGACGUGUCCCGGUUCGGCGAGGACGGGCUCGACGAGUUUGGCUGCGGCUGGCACCCGGCGGAGCUGAACGGCGGGUCCAGGUCGGCGACCACCAAGCGACGGUUUUUCCAGAGCGCGGCACACUGGGACGACAGGAUGCAGCGGGUGCUGGUGUCGAACGAGGGGCUGGCGAUGCCGCGGGUGAGCGUCACGGAGAUGAUGGAGCUGGGCGGGCGGAAUGGCGAGCACGAUGGGUCGGAGCCCGACGAGGAGAUGGAUAUCGACGAAGAGGAGGGCUAAUCGCCCGCAAUAUUUGCGCGACGCGUGUGUCACGUGCCCCCGCUCUCCUGUCACGUGGGCCCGACGUUAUCUUUGGACGCUCCCUUAUCGCAUCUGUUCCCGGGAGAGAGCAGCCUCGACUUUGGCCAGCCGCAAUGAGGACAGCCAGAAAAUUUUCCAGGCAAGCUAUCAAGCCGCCACCACCAGAGAUAACAUCGCUGGGUCACGCGCAGGAGCAACCAUACCUAUCUAGUAUUUAUC